AUGACCAUCAAGAGCUCCGAAGUCCUCCUGGAAAGUGGUAACCACUACCACUGGGAAUACAACAUGCGGAUGACACUAGCGCGAAAGGGGAUACUGGCGCAUGUUGAGGUCGUGAAGCUCGAGAUCACCGAGGCGUGGCUUAUUAACGCUGCUAAGGCUCUUGGAAUCAUUGCUCAAGGUGAGAAACUGCAGCACCAUACCAAGAUAAGGUCUGCGACACGUGCUAUCCACGCAUGGGCUACGCUACGAGACUUUUACAAUUGCUCACACUUCAGAACCGUGUGA